AUGAUCAAGGUGCUUGCAGAACACUUAGAUCACUUUAAAGAAAUAACAGAGACGCAAAGAUCAUUUGAUAAAGAUCUUGCAAUCAGCACACUUGAAGAAAUGAAGAUAUUGCUGACAAAAUGCCAUUAUUUAUCCAAUGAAGCCACAAAGCUUGCAAAAUAUGAUCGAUUAAUAUUCAGAGAAAUACUCGAAUUGGGCUCUAUAUUAGCCGUAAGAGCGAAAAAUGAUUUAGAAGUGAGAAACAUUUAUCAACAAUUACGUUUCUUCUAUUUUGAGAACGAAGAUCUUCCAAUUUCACAAAGAAUGUUCUCAAUUAUUACAAUUAAUCUUCUUUCAUGCUAUUGCCAAGGUUUAAUUGAUGAUUUUCAAACAGAUCUAGCACAAGUCAUGAAUAAAUACGACAAAAACAUGUACAUUCAGUUUAUCCUUGAUGUAGAGCAGGCAAUAACAGAUAGCAAGUUGAGCUUAAUAACAGAAUUACAAGAUUCUGCUCCUUCUACGCUUUUUGCCCCUUUCAUGGAAAGAUUAGUAGAUCAUGUUAGAGUACAACUUACUAAGAACAUUUGUUCUCAAUGCAGGAUUGAUUUAAAGGGCUUGGUUUCUAUUUUACACAUGAAAGACUCAGAAGAAUGCGAAAAGUUCUUAACACAGCACGGUUGGACUAAUUUUCAGGAGUACGUAGUUGUUCCUUUAGAAAAUCAGUCUGCUCCCAUUUCUCCAUCUGUAAGAAAACUAGAUGUUGUAAUUAAUUCAGCGAUGCGCUUUAACUCGUUACUUUAA